AUGACGGGGAAAACGGCCCCUCCGGCCAAAAAACCCGCCCCGGCGGCCGCCAAGAAAAAGGCAGCGCCAGCCCCCAAGGAAAAGGCGGCUCCGGCCCCCAAGGAAGAACCAGCCCCGAAGGAAGAAUCAGCCCCGGCCCCCAAGGAAGAAGCAACUCCUAAAGAAGAAGCGACCCCUAAAGAAGAAGCGGCCCCAGCCCCCGCUGCUGAAGAGCCCCCAGCCUCCGCAGAAGCCGCUCCCACCCCCCCCGAAGCCGGAGCAGAAGCCCCUCCAGCCCCCGCAGAAGGUUCCCCAGCCCCCCCAGCCGAACCCCCGGCCCCCGAACCUGAACCCCAGCCCGAGAAACCAACGGAAGAGCCUCCCAGCUCCCCCCUGUCCUUGGCCGUGGAGGAGGUGAGUGAGAAUUCCUUCACGCUGACCUGGAAAGCCCCGGAGCACACGGGCAAGGCGGGCCUGGAUGGAUACGUGGUGGAGAUCUGCAAGGAUGGAAGUUCUGAGUGGAAAGCUGUGAACCAGGAGCCUUUCCUUUCCACCCGCUACACGAUCCCAAACCUCAGCUCCGGGGACAAGAUCCAUGUGCGGGUGAUGGCCGUGGGAGCCGGCGGAUCCAGCGCCCCGGCCACGCUGGAGCAGCCCGUGCUCAUCAGGGAGAUCCUCCAGCUCCCAAAGAUUCGGAUGCCUCGGCACCUGCGGGAGACUUACGUCAGGCAUGUGGGGGAUGCCGUGAACAUCAUGAUCCCUUUCCAGGGGAAGCCCCAGCCCGAGGUGACCUGGACCAAGGGGGGCCAGCCCCUGGACAAGUCCCGCAUCAACAUCCGCACCACGGCGCGGGACACCAUCUUCUACAUCCGGCAGGCCCAGCGCGGGGACUCGGGGCAGUACCAGCUCUGUGUGAGCAUCGGUGGCACUGAGGACAAGGCCAUCCUGGACAUCCAGGUGGUUGAGCCGCCCGGGCCCCCCCAGAACCUGAAGCUGGUGGACGUGUGGGGCUUCAACGUGGCCCUGGAGUGGUCUCCCCCUGCGGACAACGGGAACGCCGAGAUCAAGGGCUACAGGGUGCAGAAGUCGGACAAGAAGAGCGGGAAGUGGUUCACGGUGCUGGAGCGCUGCACCCGCACCAGCUGCACCAUCUCCGACCUCAUCAUCGGCAACUCCUACUCCUUCCGCGUCUUCUCCGAGAACUCCUGUGGGCUCAGCAACAGCGCCGCCGUCACUGCCGGGCUCGCCCACAUCGAGAAGACAAAAACCACUUACCAGCCAGAGAAGAUCCCCCAGAGGGACAUGAUGGAACCUCCAAAGUUCACGCAGCCCCUGACAGACCGAACCACCACCCGGGGUUACAGCACCCACCUCUUCUGCUCUGUCAGGGGCUUCCCCCAGCCCAAAAUCAUCUGGCUGAAGAACCAGAUGGAGAUCCGGGAGGACCCCAAGUACAUCGCACUGAUCGAUCAGGGCGUGUGCUCCCUGGAGAUCCGAAAGCCCGGCCCCUUCGACGGGGGCGUCUACACCUGCAAGGCCAUCAACGCCCUCGGGGAGGCUUCCGUGGACUGCAGGCUGGAUGUGAAAGUGCCCAAGUGAGGACGGACCCGAGGGCAAGAAGAGAGCAAGAGCCCUCAGGUCUCAUUCCUGUCCCCAGGUGGAUGCUGCAGCUGCUGGGUGGGAUCAGGACCCAUGGGGAUGCCCCUGGUCCCUGCUACCUGCGGGGCUGCCCCUCCCUGAGAGCUCUGGGGGUCUGCACCUCAUCCUGCCCUGGCACGGCCCUCCCCGAGCCCGUCCUGAGCUGUGACAAUAAAACCAGCCCCUCUGCGGGCCUUUGGUCCCAAUAAAAACCCCAAACCCCUCUG